ACGACACAGGCGCGCGUUGAAUCUUGACGUCGCAACCCAGUGGACAAAUCAACGAGGCUGUUUGCGCGUUUUACGCGACGCGGGGAAACUACUACGCGUUCAUUAUCAGCGAAGCUAUCAAACUUAAAGCGCGGCUGAUUGUCACCGCAAGUUCACAAGAGUCCAAACAAUGUUCUUGCAGUGUAGAAGGCAAUGAUAGCGUCCUAGCGUUGUCGCGCCGCUCGCAGUGCAGACGGGCUGUUUGAAACAGCUGCUCUAGUGUGUUUCUGAAGAGCAAAGUAAUGGAGCGGUGUAAAGAGACGCGUCUCGUAGUGUGUUUGCUGCUCUUUCUGACGCUCAGCGUGGAUUUGGGAUUCGCUUUCGGGCAGAAUAAGGACACCGAGUUCACUUUCCUUUUACCUCCCGGAGCAACCGAGUGCUUUUUCCAAACAGCCACUAAGAACGGCAGCAUGGAAGUGGAGUACCAGGUCAUUGCAGGCUCAGGGCUGGACGUCGGCUUCACUCUGAUCUCCCCAAACGGAUACAGAUUGGUCUCCGACUUCAGAAAAUCAGAUGGCAUACACACGGUGGACCCCACUGAGGAGGGCGACUACAGGAUUUGCUUUGACAACAGCUUCAGCCAUAUUUCAGAGAAGAUGGUGUACGUGGAGGUGAUAGUGGAUGGACCAGAGGAGGACGAUGAGGACGAUGAAGAUUGGGCUGCUCUCGCUGAACCAGAGGACUCGCUGGAGUACAAACUGGAGGAUAUCAGGGACACAAUGGACGCUGUGCACAAGAACCUGGAGCGAAGCCGUCAGCUACAGACGACGUUGCGGGCGUUCGAGGCUCGUGACCGUUACCUGCUGGAGGAUAACCUGUGGCGGGUUUCCUUCUGGUCCAGUGUCAGUCUGCUAGUCAUGGUCAGCGUGGCCCUCACCCAGAUCUACACAUUACGCAGAUUAUUCAGUGACAAACACAGAGUUUGUACAUAGCAGAGAUGAACUGGAGAGGGACUAUGCUGGACUAAUGGAUUCUGUAAAUGAAGACAUGUGGAAACUCUCAGGUCCAAAAAAUAUCCCUCUAGUUUCUGCUAGAAUUGAAGUGUUUGGAGCUCUCAGUGAAUCUGGCCAUUGACCAUUUCUCAGUGUUUUAAUUAUAAGAGUUUUCUGUAGAGUGCUAACACUGCUGGACACUAAAUGUACUUGAAGUGCUGUAGAAACAUUUGAAUGUAAUUUUGUACUUGACUUUUAAAACACUGGUUAAAAUAAUUUAUAAGACUUUUGAAAUAAAUAACAGCGCGAUUAACAUUUCUUAUGGAUUUAUACAGCAGGAAAAUAAAAAUCCAAGGGAACGUUUUGCUUUGAAUGGUUUAUUAUACAGUACAUUAGCAUCUAAUUUGGAACAAAUGCAGCUUAGUCGUAUGUGGCAUAGCAAGUGCAAAUGCAAAAUGAAUUUAAAACUCAUCUGGGUUAUUGAUGUUACAUUUCAAGUCAAUUGCUAACUGCAAUGAAUUGAGUUAUUACUGUACUGUGGGAAUCAGAAUCACAUUGUUUCAUAACAAUACUUUCAAGAUUGUUGCCAUUAAUCUAUUUGUUUUCUAGAUGUUAAUCUGUAGGUUAGUGUUUCUUAUAUUCUUCCAUCUCCCUGCAAUAAUAUACAAAUAUUCUCAUUAAACAACAAGCCUUGUAAAAAUUAUGUACAACCAUAUUCAUUACAAACUACCUAUAAAUAAGAGUCCCGAGAGUUCAAUGAAACAAUUCACAAGGCAGGAUGCUUAGUUAAUGACUCAAAUAUUCAUCUUACAUUAUUUAUUCAGUAGACAUUUGGCACUCAGGUCAUCACUUGUAAAUCAACUUUUGCAAGUUGGGUCACGUUCCUUGUCAAGCAAUCUUAUUCUGGUCCUGGAGCCACCCACUCCUAUCAACUGCAAAUGACAUGUUUAUCUCCCUGGAUGCAUUCAACUUUGCUUUUUUUAUGGCCUUCUCUUGCUAACUUCCCUCCAUCUUGUUGACUGAUAUAUGCCAUUGCUCGCAAGAGUGCUCACUACUGUUGGGAACUUUGCAAUUGGUUGGAACAUCCAAAGCUGUUGAUCAUUUGAAUUUCUUAGAAUCAAUACAGUAAACUGUGUAUCAUGUUGGGGCGACAGCCUGUCCAUAUAAACUUUCCUCGGCCACUGUACGAAGUGGAACGCACUUCAAAAUGGCAGCAUGGAUUCCCCUGAGAGGAAGUGCUUAGGAAAGUUUGCAAAUGGGUGUCUAAAAGUCAAGUGGAACGUGCCUCCUGUAGUCCCCUGAUGUAUUUUUGUAGACCAAAACCUGGAAAUAAGUUUGCAUUUUACACCUUCUGGUUCCAUCGUACUGAAGGUUUUUUUGAAUGGGUUUUUGGUUGAAAUAAGGUCUGUGGUGAACACAAGCUCAUGUUCACACGUUUUAUUCAACGCCUUAAAAUACAUAGGUAAAUACAUAAGUGGUUAAAUGGGAUUAAAUGGUUAAAUGGUUGUUGGGGACGUUAAAUGUCAUCACACCAACUCAUCUAUUCACUAGCAUAAUGGCAGUGAUGCCUAAGUUUAGUUUUGUACAUGUCGUGAUUGUGAUUAGGCUUUAACAUUCAGUUGUGUUCAUGUGUGAUAAGUUUCAUGAUAAACCAAAUGUGUAAGAAUCCGCUUUUGUUGGUAACAGAGCUUAUUUUCUGCAGUAAUCCAAAAGCCAAUGGAAAAAUUCUAUUUGUU